CUAAACCCUAAAUCUUCGAAAAGCCUCCAUCCUCGCGCACAUUCUCUUUCUUUACUGACCAGCCUACCUUUUUCUCUCUAGCCAUGCCGAAGCAUUACAGGCCUCCCGGGAAGAAAAAGGAAGGUAAUGCCGCCAAAUACAUCACCAGGUCACAAGCUGUUAAACAUCUUCAAGUCAGCCUUCCCCUUUUCAGGAGAUUAUGCAUACUCAAGGGUGUAUUUCCUCGGGAGCCAAAGAAGAAGGUGAAGGGAAAUCACCACACUUACUAUCACACAAAGGAUAUUGCAUUCCUUCAACACGAACCAUUGCUUGAGAAGUUCAGAAAUAUAAGGGCAUACGACAAGAAGGUAAAUAAAGCUAAAGCUAAGAAGAACCGAGACCUUGCUGAGCGUCUCUUGACUCGCCGGCCAAAUUACACACUAGAUAGGCUUAUUCGUGAGAGGUAUCCAAAAUUCACUGAUGCUCUCAGGGAUUUGGAUGACUGUCUCACCAUGGUGCACCUUUUUGCAUCAUUACCUGCAUUAGAGAGUGAAAAAAUUCAAGUCAAGCGAAUCCAUAAUUGUCGAAGGUUGAGCCAUGAGUGGCAGGCAUACAUUUGUCGUACUCAUAAAUUGCGAAAAACCUUCAUAUCAGUGAAAGGCAUAUAUUACCAGGCUGAGGUGGAGGGGCAAAAGAUAACAUGGUUAACCCCUCAUACGCUGCAGCAAGUCUUGACUGAUGAUGUUGAUUUCAAUGUCAUGUUAACUUUCUUGGAGUUCUAUGAGACUCUUCUUGCUUUUGUCAAUUUUAGACUUUAUCAUUCAAUUAACGUGAAAUAUCCACCCAUUCUUGAUUCUCGAUUGGAAGCUUUGGCAGCAGAUCUUUAUGCAUUGUCAAGAUACUUUGCUGCCAACUCUAGUGCCACGGUGUUGGGAUCUCAAGCUGUCAGUUCUUCUGGAGCUGAGCAAAUUGACAUCACAAAAGAUGGAACUCAACCUGAUGAGUCUGAACUCAGGCUUGCCCAACUUCAGCAUCAGCUUCCUUCCAAUGAACCUGGCACAUUAAUGCACCUUGUUGAAGAUGCCUCUUGUGAAGAUGAGGAUGAUGAAGAAACAAGGGAGUGUAAAACACUCUUCAAGAAUAAGAAAUUCUUCUUGAGUCGUGAGGUUCCCAGAGAGUCAUUGCUUUUUGUCAUUCCUGCUUUUGGUGGUGUGGUUUCUUGGGAGGGAGAAGGAGCUCCAUUUAAGGAAGCUGAUCAGAGCAUCACUUAUCAGAUUGUUGACAGGCCAACACAGGGGCAUAUAUUCCUUUCAAGAGAAUAUGUACAGCCACAGUGGGUUUUCGAUUGUGUAAAUGCACGGAUCAUAUUACCAACUGAUGCUUAUAUGGUGGGAAGGGUUCCUCCUCCACAUCUAUCACCGUUCAUUGACAAUGAGGCCGAAGGUUAUGUUCCUGAGUAUGCAGAGAUGAUCAAAAGACUGCAAGCUGCUGCAAGAAAAGAAGUCCUUCCAAUUCCAGGUGCCGGAAAAGAAGAUUUGGAUGAUCCUCAGAAUUUACUGGUAGAAGGUAUUAUCAGCCGAACUGAAGCCAAUGAAGUUGCAGAGAGAAAACAGAAGAUGUUAGCUCUUGAGAAUCAGUAUCACAAUGAAUUGCAACUGGAACUCCAGGGUGUCCAGUAUUCUUCAUCUGUCUCGAAUAUGAAUAAGCAAAGCUCUGUCGAGGACACUGAGGCUUGGGAAGAAUCUCUCCCCAAUAUGCAACAAAUUGCUGAGGAUACUACCACCAUGUCCAAGGUUGUCAUGUCACGUAAGAAGAGAAGGCUUUAUGAAGCGAUGCAGAUUGGCAAGGAACGAAAGCGGGCUCAUGUCAAUCUUCUCAAGGAAAGGAAGCAAAAAAUUGAAGCAGCACAGGGAUCAGAGAAAAACUGAAGCCCCUCUGAAAUCCCGCAGAUCUAAGACCAAAAGGAGAGCAUAAAUGCAUGUAAACUUGGGUCUGGACUCUGGAACAUUGCCUACAUUCCAGCCUCUCCUUGUUUCCUGCUGGAGGCAUUGGUGAGGUAACCUGGCCAUUAAUGGACUCCUGACGCUUAAGUUAAAUGUUCCUCUGAAAGAUCCACUGAAAUGCUACCUAAAUAUUUUACUGAAUUGCGAGGGUUUAUAAUACACAAGAAUAUUAUAGGAA